AUGUUCUUUUUCCUCUCCCAUUCUCCCUUUUCUUUUUCUUUCUCGUCUCGUUGGUCGCCCUCCAGUUGCCAAACAGAAGAAGAAGCGAAAGCAGAAAUCAUCUCCGUCUAUCCCCCAUGUGCUGACCUCGGCUUCCUCCAAUUAGAUCCAGCCUAUCUUUGUCUGCCUAGAAUCCUAUUUUUUACCGCGGACAUAGGGAAGAUCAAGGAGAUAAACGCUCACGGACUCACUACUUCUUUUAUUGUGGUCCCUUUUCCUCCUUUCGCUGUGCCUCUACACUACUCUCUUUUUUUCCCUACUACUCCUUGGACGAGCGUAAAGAGCAAGCUCUCCGUCAUGCUCGCUUUGGAGCGCCCUGCUCGCGAGCAAUCUUACCUCCAACAACUCCCCAUGGAUUCGUCUGCCUUUAGCGGCCCGCUAGACUCCCUUGACCCGCAGCAACAAGCGCUCUUUGGGGCAUACAACAAUAGCAGCAGACUUUCAUGCGAUCCUUAUCCAUUUAUGCUCCAGCAACCCUUGGCUCUGGAUUCUCCGCUGCUUUACCCUGCCAAAAGUGAGUUAAGGCUGGCGCCAAAGCCCUCCAGCUCGCCACAGUUUCUACCGCUCUCUCAGCCCGGCGAUCGGUACUCUUCGAUCAGCUCCUCGGCUUCUACCCACUCUCUUCCCAGCGCAACAAAUUCAUCAAUAGGUUCCCCUUAUCAAGACCAGUGGCUUGACCUCGACGUCUCCGUGGGUGCGGAGCAAGUAGCCAUGGUUGGUGAAGGGUAUCAAGGUGACUUCCUGUCUAAUAGCAUCGACCCUGAGAUGCUAUAUGCGAGCGAAAAGUUUUCCACUCCUUAUGUGGGUAAGUACUUUCUAGACCUCGUUUUCUCUCUUCUUUCCAUUCUUCCUCUUUUAUAUCCUAUAAAUCUUGUGCCUGUUGGUCGAGCGAUAUAA